AAAGUUUCCAAGGCUCAGAGGAACACAAUGACUUGGAUCAAAAGCUUCGUUGGAAAGAAGGACAUUUCUGCGGCAUCAAGGAAGCUGUAAACUCCUGCUAAACUAUCUCUUUUUUUUAUGUCUCUACGCACGCCACCGACCUCCUCUGUCACUGAGCGGAGAGUUUAUCUGCCAAUCCAGGAUAUUUCGAAAGCUUGCAGACAUAUGGCUUGGAAAAUGAAACGACCCAGGAGUGUGGCCACAUCAUUAUUUUCUGUCGCGUAGUACCAGAUGGGCAGGCAGUGACCGGCGCAGGGGUGUGAAUGGACAGUUUUAUAAUGUGAAAAUUUUUCACCUUUAAGGCGAAAACAGAGUUUAUUUCCCUUUUUUUAAAAAAAAAAAUCUUGAAUACUUGGCUUUCCCUCCCUCUCUGCAAUAUCAAUUAACCCAACUUUGCAGUGGAGUGGCCAGAAAGGAAGACAAUGAAGCGAUCUGGACAAUCUUAGUGUCACGGGAGUCGCAACGGUCAGGGAACCGCGACUGCCACCCGCCGCGUCCUUUGAAGGCUGGUUCCGCACUGGGGAUUAUGGCGAGGACGGUGCCCUCGGUCCUCUGAGGAUAGAGACCCGGGCACCACCCGAGGGGGCUGCUGAUCACGCUGCAGCCUUUGAGGUCGAGGCUGCCCCUCUUCUGCUGCCUUGUAUCACCAUUAUCCCCGUCCCCGCAAAGUCAUGGAAGACUGCCCGCUGCCAGACCUCAGAGAUAUCGAGCUGAAGCUGGGGCGCAAAGUCCCCGAGAGCCUAGUGCGCUCGCUCCGCGGGGAGGAGCCGGUUCCCUGGGAAAGAGACGGGGACCCCUGCGGGGGGAGCUGCGCCGGCGGUGGCUGCAGUACCAGCAGCAGCAGCUGCAGCUUCCCUGUCUCCUUGUCGUCCUCCUCAUCGUCCUCCCCAACCUCUGGCUCCCCAAGACGUGGCCACUCCAGCAGCGUGGAGAGGCUGGAGACCAAGCUUCACCACCUCAGGCAAGAGAUGGUUAACCUCAGAGCCACAGAUGUCAGGCUCAUGCGCCAGUUGCUCGUUAUCAAUGACAGCAUCGAGUCCUUCAAAUGGAUGAUUGAGGAGAAAGCCACCAUUACCAGCCGCGGCAGCAGCCUCAGUGGCAGCCUGUGCAGUUUAUUGGAGAGUCAAAGCACCUCCUUACGUGGCAGCUACAACAGUCUGCAUGAUGGCAGUGACGGGAUGGACGGCAUCUCUGUGGGGAGCUACCUGGACACUUUAGCAGAUGACGUACCAGGCCAUCAGACCCCUUCAGACUUGGACCAGUUUAGUGACAGCUCCAUAAUAGAGGACUCACAGGCACUGCACAAGCAUCCCAAAUUGGCUUCUGAAUACUACUGCUUUGGCUAAUGACCCAGUUUUCUGCAUGAGACUGGUGUGCAAUUAACUUGUAUUUAUCCUUCUUCUCUGCUGCUGUAUUUUUGAUGUGAUUUUUUUUAAUGAGGCAACCUUUUUUAAAGAAGCUUAUUUUGAAACUGCUUGCUGGUAUUUUUGUUGCUCCUAAUAUUUCUCAUCUGGACUGAUUUAUUUUUCUCUGUUAUACUUCUUUUUUAUUUAUUAUAAUAAUUUUCUCCCUUCUUUUACAAUGGCACAAACGAGCAGGGGGAAAAAUAAGCAAUAAUUAUGGUUUUCUGGGGUCAGGGAUUACAGAAAAAAAUCUUUGCUAAAUUUUACAAUAAAUCAAAGUUCAAAAGUAA